CACUCAAGGGGCCACAGAGCCGCAUGUGGCUCGCCAACUGCAGUUUGCUGACCACUAGGCUAGUAGGAGUCAGGCUCCCAGAGGAGCUGUCCCUGGGACUGUGCGGGAGGGGGUCGGGAGUCCUCUCAGGUGUGGCGCCCCUUCUCUCACUACAUUGUCCGGACAAUUCGCUUUGCUACUUUUCCGCAGGCCGUCCCAUUUCUUUCUUUUUCUUUGUUCUUGUUCUUUCGCCCCAUUUCUUUUGGAGCCCCUGGUUUUUCUGAGGUCUGAGGAUCUCUACAGGACUUGACCAACCCCCCUCAGCCCAAGUUGUAACUUUCCAAAUCCGCUGAGGGGUGGGUGGGAGAAGAAGUGGGUGGGAGUCAGGACAAAGAAUAGCGAAGACUCAGGCGGGGCUCUGGGUGCUCCCUUAAGUCUGCUUCCAGACCUUUCCCCGGAAAAGCAUACACUGAGGCCCCUCUCAUCCACUCAUUCCCGGGUGCAUGGUGAAGGAAGGGCGGGUGGCCUGAAGGGGCGUGGCCAGCCCCAACUACAGCCAAUCCCCGGGGGGAGCUUGGUUGGAGGGUGGGGCAUCACGGGGAGGGGCGUGGAUCCACAACUUCCACUCAGCUGGACCAAUCCCGACCCGAGAGGCGAAACGGACACCCUACCUGGGCCCAGGUGGGCUCCGCUGUGCGUCUCUCAGUGGCUCCGCGCCCGGGAUGGAGGGAGCCCGGCAGCAUCCGGAGGAGACCAAGCCGGGCCGAAUUGCCAAUGGAGCCCUUGGAAAGCCAGGUACCGGGGCUGGCGCAGCCACAGGCCCCCGCGGAGGAGCGACGACCAGAAAGUCCCGGGAACAGCCCGGCCGCGGCCGUGCAGGUGGCGACCGGCGCGGGCCAGGACCUCUCGGGCGGGAAGAAGCUGCCUCGCCUCGCCCCGCGCGCCUGCGGGUGCUGCCCGCCAGCCUCGGCUACGGCGCCUUCCGCCGCCAGUUGUCCGCUGGCCCCGAGCAGCGGUCGCCGGGGCCGCUGCAGCCGAGCAGCCCCGGGACGGCGAGGCGGUGGGAACCGAGCUGGUGCCCUGGGACGCGCCGGGUGAGCCGGCGCCGGGCAACCUGGGCGCCCAUGGAGCUGCAGGUGGACGUGAGCGUGAAGCCUGUGAGUGCGGCCGGCGGCAGCCGCGCGCCUCGCCUGCGCCCUCGGGCGCUUCAUCACCGUCCCGGUGCCCGAGUCCCCCGCCUUCUCCCUCCACGUCGCCCCGGUGUACCCGCUCCUGCCGCGGACCGCGUCCUUGGGCAGCACGUGGAGCCGCGGCUCGCCACUGGCUGCCGCCCUGGGUGGAGCACGGCCUCACGGAGCGCCAGACCAGCCCCACGGAAGGGGGCGCGGAGUCUCCGGGCUCCCCCACGUGCCGAGGCCGCAGUCAGGAGAUGGGGAAGGAGGACGCCGCGCCGCGGCAGCGCGCCGAGGUGCAUGGCGGCCUGAAAGCUCAUAGGGCUGCCCAUGUAUGUACAUGAAGUCCCUGUGAUGCAGAGGAGAGGACGACCAUGUGUCUGACCUUUUAAAAAAAUACUGUAGAGAUUCAAGAUGGUGGCAGACUAGGUGGAUGUUAACCACAUUCACCUCCCAGUACCAAACUGGAAUUACAGCUGAAAUAUAGAAAGAUCAACCUGAAUAACCAACUGUGCAGAAGUCUUAUAACUUACAGAAGAAGCCACAUUGAGACAGAAAGAAAAUGACUGACUUCAA